GUCGUUAUUGCUGCCGUGCUUGUGCUGUAACUUUGGGGUGCCGGGCUGGUUUCGAGGUGAUAAAAACGGGGAAACCGGGAAGGAGUCGCCGCCGCCUCAGCACAGACAGGGGUGUGAGGCUCCCUCACGACCCCAGGGUGACCCGCUGGGGUCGGGACUACGACGGCAGUGCCCCGCGUCCCUUCCUCUCCCGCUGCUUCCGCGCCCCUUGGCGCACACUGUCCGAUGGCGGCGGCCGCACGAAGGCGUCGGGCUGAGGCCAGUGUGACCUUUGAGGAUGUUGCUGUGCACUUCUCCUGGGAGGAAUGGAGGCUGCUUGAUGAGGCUCAGAGACUCCUGUACCUCCGUGUGAUGCUGGAGAACUUUUCACUCAUAUCCUCUCUGGGUUGCUGCUGUGGAGCAGAGGGUGUGGAGGCACCCACUGAACUGAACAUUUUUGCCAGAGCGCCCCAGGAAAGGAAUGCCAGGGCAGCUUCAUCUUCCCAGAAGAGCCACCCCUGUGAGGGUUGUGCGACAGUCUUGAGAGACAUUUUCAGCUUGUUUGAGCACCAUGGAACACAGCAGAGCCCGCCAGUGCUGAGGUGUGGGGCAUGUGCAAAACAAUUUCAUUUCAGUGCAAAGUGUCAUCAGUACAAGGAGCAGCUUAUAGGACAGAAACCCUUCAAAAGUAGUGUGGACAGGACCUCAUUUGUGCAGAGGAAGCCCUUUACCUGUGGCAAGGUUCAGAAGGACUUCCUGGCUAGCUCAGGUCCUCAGCAGCAACAGGACACCCAUAAAGCACAGGAGCCAAACAAAGGCACUCAAUGGGAAACAACAUUACAAAGCAGAAAAAGUCAUUACACUUUGGGAGAUGGCAAGGAAGCCUUUAAGCCCCAACACAUACUUAUUCAGGACCAGGCUGUCCAUACUGGCAGACAGUGUUUUGUGUGCAGUGAAUGUGGAAAAACAUUCAGGUACAAAUCCUCGUUUGUCAUGCACUGCAGAGGCCACACUGGAAAAAGCUUCCCUAUGAAUAGUGAAAGUGGAAAAUCCUUUAGUGAAGCCUCAACCCUCCAUGAGCAUCAAAAAAUUCAUACUGGAGCAAGGCAAUACAAGUGCAGCAAAUGUGGAAAAUCCUUAAGCCUCACAUCUGUCCUCAUUCAUCCCAAAGGACAGGAAACUGCAGAAAACAAUUACAUGUGUACUGAAUGUACUCAGUCAUUUAGUGAUAGCUCAGCAUUUAAUCAAUCUCAGAGAGUUCACACUGGAGAAGAAACUUAUGAAUGCAACGAAUGUGGAAAAUCUUAUAACAAUAGGCGGAAACUGGUUCGACACCAGAAAUCUCACAGAACAGAAAGGCCUUAUGGGUGUAGCAAGUGUGGGAAAUCUUUUACUGAAAGGGGGAAACUUGGUCGACACCAGAAAUGUCACAUAGAAGAAAGGCCUUAUGGGUGUAGUGAGUGUGGGAAAUCUUUUACUGAGAGGGGGAAACUUGUUCGACACCAGAAAAUUCACACAGGAGAAAGGCCUCAUAUGUGUAGUAUAUGUGGGAAAUCUUUUUAUCGUCGCUGCAACCUUACGUAUCAUGAGCGAAGCCACCGAGGAGAAAAGCCUUACAAGUGUGAAUGUGGGAAGUGUUUUACCACUGGCUCUGCCCUCUAUUACCAUCGGAGAGUUCACACAGGAGAAAGGCCUUAUGAAUGUACUGAAUGUGGGAAAACUUUUACCUGGAUCAAUGCCCUUCAGUGUCAUCAGAGAGUUCACACAGGAGAAAAACCUUAUGUGUGCAAUGAAUGUGGGAAAUCUUUUCCCAGGAUUUAUAACUUUCGUUGUCAUCAGAGACUUCACACUGGAGAAAGGCCUUAUGAAUGCAGUGAAUGUGGGAAGUCUUUUGCCUGGAUGAAAAGUCUGCAUUAUCAUCAGAGAGUUCACAUAGGAAAAAGGCCUAGUGAGUGCAGUGAAUGUGGGAAAUCUUCUACCUCGAACAAAAGCUUUUGUUAUCAUCAGAAAGCUAAUACAAGAGAAAGGCCUUAUGUGUGCAGUGAGUGUGGGAAAUCUUUUACCCAGAACCAUAGCCUUCGCUGUCAUCAAAGAAUUCACACAGGGAAACGGCCUUAUGAAUGCGGUGAAUGUGGAAAGUCCUUUACCUCCCCCCAAUGCCUUCGUAAUCAUCAGAGAGUGCACACAGGAGAAAGGCCUUAUGAGUGCAGUGAAUGUGGGAAAUCUUUUGCCCAUCGCAACACUCUCUCUUAUCAUCAGAGAAUUCAUACAGGAACAAAGCCUUACAAAUGCAGUGAGUGUGGAAAAUGUUUUGCCUCUAGUUCCACCCUCCGUAGCCAUGAGAGAGUUCACACAGGAGAAAGGCCUUAUAAAUGCAGUGAAUGUGAAAAAUCUUUUACCGCGAGCUCUGCCCUCCGUUAUCAUCAGCGAGGUCACACAGGAGAAAGGCCUUAUGAGUGCAGCAAAUGUGGAAAGUCAUUUAAGGAUAGUUCUCAACUCAGUCUACACUGUAGACGUCAUACUGGGGAAAGGCCUUAUGAGUGCAAUGAAUGUGGGAAAUCUUUUAUCAGUAAUUCUAAACUUCAUGAUCAUCAGAGACUUCACACAGGAGAAUGGCCUUAUGAGUGCAGUAAAUGUAAGAAAUUUUUUAUCAGUAGGUCUAAACUUCAUUAUCAUCAGAGAGUUCACACUGGAGAAAGGCCAUAUAAGUGCAGUGAAUGUGGGAAAUCUUUCAUUAGUAAUUCUAAACUUCAUAAUCAUCUGAGAAUUCACACCAGAGAAAAGCCUUAAGUGUGCUGGCAAUGUGCAAUUUUCUGUUCAUUGUAACAGUCUGGAGGAAAUUCUUUGAAGAGACUUUUGAAUUGAAACAUCCAUGUGAAUAUGCACAGUGUGGAAAUUGCCUGUCAUUUUCACUUAUAUGGGAAGUGUUUGUAAAUAUGUCACACUUUCUGACUUGCCCAAGGCUCCUUCUAGGUUUAUUGUGUAACUGCAUUCUGUGAUUCUAGUCCUUUCACCUUGACCACAGUGCAGGUCCACAAAGUUUGCAUCAUUCAACAGCCUAAUGUGCUCAGGGAAGCUGAACUCUGGUCUCACGAGUGUUCUAGCAAACUAGAAAUGACUGGAGCCCUCAGGAAGACAGCUUUCUCUUUACUAGUAAUUUGGAUAUGGACUAGGUCCUCUGUUGAUCCCGAGAAUGUGAUGAGGUCUGCACUCAAGCUUGCAUAGAAAUGUCUACCUGUUCCAGAGAUGUGUUCAUCUCACAUGAUGUUUUCAUGAGAUUUUCCAGCUUAUGAACUUGGUACAUGCCUUCUGCACAUUGCUUUGGCUUGCACUAAUUCAAGCCUUAUUUUUACUUUUGAGGAUCUUACUUACUUGAUUUUAAAGAGGGAGAAAAGAGGGAGAGAGUGUUAAUGUGAGAGGGAAACAUUGAUCAGUUGCCUCUUGCACACA